GCCUCCGUGUUUACAAUUAGCACAAGGCGACAAGCAGUCCGUACAGUACCAGUGUACCUGAUAUGGUGUAUGGGUAUAAAGAAAUUUUAGUUGAUGUAUAAAGUUCUGGAAAAAAAUGUUAUUACAGAACAAAUUUUACACUGGAAAACACAUUGGCACUGAAAACUGUAUGACGAAAACGUGAGUGUGCCGCUGAUCACAUAAUCCCUUAAGCGUCGGAGGAUGAAAUUUCCAUCAGUCGCCGAGCCGGUAGAUGUUGGUGUGGUGCUGUAGCGUCUUAGAUUUGUUUCCCUUCAAGAAUAGAAAUUUCCUGUUAGGACCGCUUAUCGGAGAACUGGAGAAAUGGGAACCGAGUCACAGCAAGCCGGAAGUGUCACUACGGUGUUUUCGCUGUGGAACGCUAUGAUGGGAACAACGAUGCUGGCCAUACCAUGGGCUAUCCAACAAGCUGGAUUUACGUUGGGAAUAUUUCUAACCCUGUUUAUUGCGGGAUUAUCAUAUUAUACCAUCACUCUGGUGCUCUCGAUGGCCGAUGAGAUGCGCUUCCGUCAGGUGGACGGCAGUGUGCCGAUUCAGGAUUUCUCCGAGGUGUGCGCCUAUUUUGUGGGGCGUCGUUUUGGACAGAUUACCGUGUGUAUUUCCCUCUUCACCAUGAUAACGGCCGGCAUUGCAUAUUGGAUUUUGAUGUCGGAUUUUCUUUUCGAGAUGGGACAUUCAAUAGCAGGUUUCUUGAACACCACAUCCAACGGCACGAAAUCCCAUCAUCUGUAUAUGACCCAUGGCCCGAUGUAUGUUAAGCAUUUCCGAGCGACUGAAGACACACCGAGCGCUACAGGCGGUAUCUUUUCUCAAAUUUGGACGCAGUCGUUUAUUCCACUGUUCCUGGUCGUGGCGAUCUUCCCGCUGACCUUGAUCCGGACACCGGUCAUUUUUACCAAGAUCAGUUCGUUGGGCGUGAUAAGUGUAUUUUACCUCAUCGCCUUGGUCGGCGUCAAGGCCGGCAUUCUCGGUUUGAAUUUUGAUUUCUGUGCUGAUCCCACUUUACGAGAUUUUCGUUCGGGGUUUCCAGCUCUUACCGGCACGAUGGUUAUGGCGUUUUUCCUGCAUAAUACCGUGGUGGCCAUGACCACGGCCAGUAAUCCUAACACGCGCAGCAGAGAUACCGGCAUUGCCUACAUUUUGGCGUGCAUUACGUAUCUUUACAUCGGAAUCACCGUCUAUGUUACAUUCCCUGAAAAUAAAGGCACAAUUCAAGAUAAUUUUUUGAAGAAUUUUGCCAGUAGUGACGUUUUGGGGCUUGUAGCGCGAGCGCUGCUCUUGCUGCAAAUGAUCUCCAUUUUCCCUCUUUUGGUGUACGUUACGCGUAUCCAGCUGGUUCGUCAACUCCUGCGACGUGACCCACAAAAUUUCAAAUGGAUUCUAAUCACCAGUGUCACCCUCAUCAGCGCUGGAACGUUAAUGGCGAUAUUCUUCCCCAAAAUUGGCACAGUGUUGAGAGUGACGGGAUCUUUGGCAGGAUUGGCAUUCUCCUUCACUCUGCCCUGCAUCGUCUAUCUGACGUAUCUGCGGCAAGAAGGCAAAACCACGCACGCCAUCGUAUGGACGCACCUGCUGAUAAUUCUCCUCGGCUUAAUCAAUUUCAUUUCGCAAUUUCUAAUUUAAUGCCCCGAACCGAUCCGGCUGACGCGUAUAUGCCGCCGUUACGGUCGACAUGUAGCCAUUAAUAAGCAUUCCACUAUUGUCAAUAUGCGGAACACGGUAAUUUCUCAUUUUUACUUAAUGGAAGAUUUAUGGCUGCUGCGACAUGCUUCGCAAAACGGCUUCACAGCAGCUGGACGAGGCCAGUACGUGUAAUGGUUGCGCAAACACAUAUAUCUGCGCGACGGUAAAUGUCGAAUGAUGGCAUUUCCAGUGCACGUUUAUUAUCAUUAUCGUUAUUUCGCUUUUGGCCCUAAUCAGUUGGGUGCGCCAAAAAUGUAUCUUUUUUGUUUUUACUUGUGGAUGUAUAGUGAUUGCAAGGGAAUGGUUAAUGAUUUGGCGCCAGGUUUUGUCCGUUUUUUGAUAAAUGUGCUUUCAUGGUUUCUGCCAUAUUUUUAUAGACUUCACGGAGAUAA